GAGGAGAACCAUCUUGGUGAAGUGAACCAUCCUGUAGUACUAAAGCGAAAAGCUUUGGUGUUGCGUUGUAAAGUAUCGAUAGAGAAUUUAAAAUCCACGUUUUUUUGUGGAUACAAGAAGUUAAACUGAUAAUUUUAUUUUCAAUGUGUAUGGCUACAGAGUAUUUUGGUGAGACAGUGCUCGCAUACAUGGAGUUCCAGUUGGACAGCGCAGAAUAUUGCCAAGCUCAACACAAAUAAAUUGGUAAAAAAAAGACCUGAGGCUACCAUCACUAAACGUUUCGAUUUACCUCAUUAGUAGAAGCCAAAAUAAAUUAAAUCGUCAUAUGUAAUCCUGUCAUACUGCAUUAACAGAUAUUUUGGUUACGUUCUUCCUUUAAAUUUGCUGAAGCAUAUCAAAUCAAGUGUAUAUAAAUAACAUUUAAAAGAGUAACAGAAAAAAAAACAGUAAAUUUCUUUGAAAAGACUGAUCUUUUAAUCAAUUUUUUUAUUUUUUAAAAUUUAAUUUUUGGAGAUCUAUUGAGUCGGUCUUCUAAAAUAGUGUGAUAUUAAAGUUAACUCGUAUACGACGGGGUAUGAAUCAUAAUUCUCAAGGAACAACAGUAGCCAUGCGUCAAAAGGACAUCAGACCAGCUCCAGCUGAAAUCGAACACAAAGGAUUCAAGUUUCUUAUCACCGACAGACCAUCUGACCAGAACAUCUUAGCUUACAUACAGGAGCUGAAAAAACACCGGGUAACGGCCGUAGUUAGAGUAUGCGAACCGUCGUACAAAGUUGAAGAGCUGAACAACCACAAUAUCGAAGUCUUCGACCUGAGCUACGAUGACGGCACUUUCCCGCCGAAUAAAAUAGUCGAUGAAUGGUUCAAAGUUCUCAAAAAGCAGUUCAAUGACAAUCCCGAUUGCUGCGUAGCCGUGCACUGCAUCGCCGGCCUAGGCAGGGCGCCCGUCAUGGUGGCUCUGGCCCUCAUCGAGCUAGGACUUAAAUACGAGGAAGCUGUAGAACUAAUUAGGGAAAAAAGAAGAGGUGCAAUCAAUGCGAAGCAACUAGCAUUUCUGGAGAAAUACCGUCCGAAAUCCAGACUAAAGGCCAAGAAUGGACACAAGAACUCUUGCUGCGUUCAGUAAAUAUCUCUCUUAAUAUGUGUUCAACAAGCAACAGGGCACUUAAUUAAAUAAUUAGUUAAUUAAUUUUGGUAUAAUGAGUGUGAGAAAUACGUAAUGCUUAUUAAAAAAAAAUAAUAAACUUAAAUGAAAUAUACAUAAAUAUUAUGAGGAAUUAUUUUACGUUUAGUUUGUGUUCCUGUGUUACAUGCUUUAUUUAAAAUAUUGUGAUUUAUGCUACCGGUAUCCCAUAGAGUAAAAGUUCUUUGCGUUCAUUUGCAAUAGGUAAGUGUAAGAUGUGCUUCAAGUAUUUUCACUAUGUGUCUAGUUUAUUUUACACCUGCUAAUAGAGAGCACCGAUAACUUACUUGCUUUCUACGGUGUAAAUGGAGAUAGAAGAAACUUUUAUUGUAUGGUAUACUUAUUUGGUUCGGCAUAAUUAUUUAGUAGCUGAAAUUAUACAUUAUACAUUAUUUUUUGUUUCGGAGACAAAUAAUAAAUGUCUUAAAUAAAUGUUGAAUAAAAAAAUCUGUCUUUAAUCGUGUACCUAUACUUAAUGCGGAUCAUUUAUUUUGCGAGAUCGUUGUUUUUAUUUCUCUCUUUUCGCGAAAUUUAAUUUUAGAGAUGGAUUUCGACGAGUACAUACUAGUUAUUCAUUUUAUUUCGUAAUAAUUCGAAUGAGUUAGUUAUCGUUUUUAAAGCAGCUUUUGUUAAUCACUGUUGUAUGUUUUACAGACCACACGGGAUGUAAUAUCAAAUAAUGCUAAAAACUAAAACAUUCAAUUUAGUAUUGUUUGAUACUAGACCUCGACUUUGUAAUUGUUUAAGUCUACUGCUACUAAAAUUGUAAAUUAUAUUUUAUAAGUAUAUUACCGUCAUUGAAACACUCUAACGUUCACAUUUUUUAUGUAGAUUUCUGGACAAAUAUAUUUUAUUAUUAUCAGGA